AUGGCAUGGAAACAAAACGCAGCUGCCUCCGACUUGGUUGCGUUCGUCAAGGAGCAGGGCGGGGUCGUAUCAUCCGAGAAGCUGCAGCCAUUCUAUGCCCGGCAUCCGACACACAGGUCCAUCAUUGCAAACGUGCUGGACUUCUGCACGGCUCGCCCCGAGCUUUUUCACACCUGCAAACAAGCCGGCUCUCCACAUUGGAAGUUGCGGCUGGCAACUGGGAAGUGCUCCGCAAGUUCCGGCAAGUUGGACAGCAUCACCGUCGCUGCAAACCUCGCGCUGCACAUUUCAAAAGCAGAGAAGCCGUUUCUGACAAGCGACCUUGCACAGUUCUACAGCUUGUGUCAAGCGUACAAGGAUACUAUCACUCGCAGUGGGGGCCUGCGGCCUUUCUGCGACAAACAUGCGGGUCUUCUGGCCUACCAGUGGAACUUGUCGGGUGAUGAAAUAAUUCUUCCCAAUCACUGUUGCUAUUUCCUUCGUGGCACGUGCACGAAGAAACAUAGCCAUGGCAAUUUCUUGCACGAUGCGGCAGUAGUGGAUGGCCAUGCGUGUUGCUCUUAUGGUCCGUUGUGCAAGCGCGGCCAUUGGCAGCUGAUUGAGGCUUUGGCAGGAGGCAGCAGCAUACCAAAGGAGGCCAACGAUGCUGACGCCGAGGAUGAUUUGGAGCAGGAGUCGGAUGUGUUUGAUCUGUCUGUCGAGCAAAUCCGAUGGGCUCACGACUCCAUUGAGAUCCACUUCAAAAACGGUAAUCUGCUCAUCGAUACCCUCAAGCAACUGCUGUCGGAACGCUUGCAACCAUCUGCACUUCCGAAGCUGUGUGUUUGGCAGAAAGGAGACGUAUGGAAUGCUAUCACUGGAAACAGACGGCUCUGGGUGUUAAAGGAAUUUUCCAAGAUGCUCGGCAGGGAUGUGAGAGUUCCAGUGCGGCGUUUAAGUGAGAGCACAGCUGCAAGUGCAUGGUUCCGUCGCAUGUUCACAACCAGGACUGACGGUGAGUCCGUUUGCUUUGUGGCAUCAAAGCAUCAUUAUCCCAGCAUGGGUUUUGCGCUUGCAUCAUUGAGCCCUUCAUCUGCUCCAGACGCACACGACCUGGAAAUCGGACAUGUGUUGCAAAGUUCAUCGGGUGGUGUUCCAUUGACGUCGUUGAACGCCAAGUUCCAAUCAAGAUUCUCGGUGACGGCCCGAGUUAGAGCGAGACCGGAUCUUUUCCGCAUCGCAGCUUCUACCGUGAUGUUUGCCAGCGCCGUGAAAGCUUCAGCCCCUCGUGACGGGCACGGCCAUGGCAAUCCACCGCAAAUCGAUUCUGGGAUGUGCGAUGAAACCGGUCGUGCCGCAGGGCAGGGUCAGACAGACGUCCCGAUGCAGAAGUCUGCAAAGAGAAGCGACCUUGUGUGGAAGCUCAAGCUAGACAGCAGUCCCGUAGCAGAGGACUGUUCGAGCGAAGCUUUGCCAAGCAAUGUUCCGGCCGGCAAGUCUAGCAAGAGAACGGACAUGGAUGCGCAGGAGACCGUAGCCGCGGGAAGUAAAGAAGCACAGGUCCAGGCGGGCAAGUUUGUAUCCGUAAGGAAGCAUUCAAGCAUUGGCUGUGCCGUAGUAUCCUUUAAAGAUGUCGAAGUGAGGCGGCAUAUUCUGGCCAAGGCCUCACCGCAGGAGUUGGGCAACGUAAGUGUGGACAUAGCUGCCCACAUGGAUCCAGCAACUUCUUCAGAAGUGCCAACCGACCUGUUCGUGGCGUGGGGCCGAAAGGUGGAACAGUCCACGCCACUUUCGAUCCACAAGCUUGUGAGCUACUUCGAUGACAAGCAUGAGGGGGUGCAGCGGGAAAUAGCGAGCCAGAAAUCAACAUCGAGUCAGAAAUCUGAGGAGGAGGAGGCAUGCAGGGAGGCUGACAAGCGAAGUGGCAAGCAAGAGCUGGUGCAGGACUCACCGUCGCAGCUGAGUGAAGGCUCUUCGGGUCCUGGAGCACAGCAUUGCCUCUGCGAUUUAGAAAGACUGCUCGCCAAGCUCCCAGCAAGGGCGCUCAACGAACUGAGCCUGCCGUCCUUUGCCAAGGCUUUGCAUCAAUCCCGAGCCCAGAAGCUGAUACUUCAAGAGGGCCGGAGGAUGCAGGUUGUAGCCGUAGCCCGUGGCAACCUGCGCUCGCUCACGAUGCCGGAAAUUCAACUGACGCAGCAAGACCUUGUUGACAUUGCAGAGGAACUGCGCCUUCCCAAUGGAAAGGGUACCUUCUCAGCCAUGCAGCCAGUCGCGGGUGGCAUACAUCGUGUCAGUAUCGGCUACAGUGUUCAGCAGCACAUCAACUCGAUUUCCUUUCAUUUGGGACGUUUGCUUCCUGGAAUUAGUGAUCCAGUGCGGAAGUUCCUCGAUUCCGGCAGUUGUGUCUUCCUUGGGCCGAGUCGAAGUGGGAAGACGACUGUGAUGCGCGAUGUUGCAAGCUCCUUGUCGAAAAGCUGCCAGGUGGUGGUAGUAGACUUCUUUGAUGAGCUGCAUCAGGGAGGUCUUGGUCUUGCCGGGCACAUUGUCAGCCCAUCCGCAACGGACACCAGCCACGUCAUCACGCAGGUCAGCCAUGAGCACAGCCCUGAUGUCAUCGUGGCAGAGUUUAGCCAACCUGCGGAAGCUAUAGCUGCAGCGCGUGUCUGCGGUGGAUCGGGCCAGCGGUUGAUCUGUUCAGUGCCUUGCGCCCUGAACGCCCUCGUCGAGUCUUUCUUUAUGACUGGAUAUGGUGCCUAUGUGUAUCCAUGCAUCUCCUUCCCCUUUCGGUCGGCCAUUAUGCUCCGUCAGGAGCUAGAUUUUUGGCAAAUUUAUGAGAAGGUCCAAGCAACCGUUUGUGCUAUGUCUUGGAGCACAGCCUGCCCAGAGCACAGGGCCCCACGCCAGGAAAUCCUCUUCCCAACAUUCAUUCGGCUGAAGCCCUUAUUGCUUUCCAAAGACCCCAAGAAGACAGAGGAGCCGUGGCAGAGACACGUGUGA